CAAACCUCCACAGCCGAACCAGCGAUCGGAUCUUCGAGCGCCAUGGCGGACGUGUUGAUGGGUCGAUGAGACUCUCAGGAGUCGCUCAUGGCCUUGGACAAUUUUGACAGAUGAGCCGAUCAGCCAAUUGCCAGGACGCAGCUAGAGCUUUGCUGCUGUUUGACGCGUGUCACCUAUAGGUUUGAUGUGCACAGCACAUGGAAAAGUACACAGUCAAAGCGGUGGACCAGAACAUGAGGUUUUUGGGGGGGCCGGGGGACGUCACAUCAAAUCGGCAUUGCGAGCGCGGCCACACGACCGGGACGAGACACACACAUGACCCGGUGGCAUGUCGAGAGACUGAGAGACGGUCUCGGGAGAUCUCACCGCACUGCAUGAAAGACAAAGGAAUCCUCGCGACCCAGGCCGGACAAUAGUAAGAGAAGUGUGACUGACCAGGUCAUGUAGUAGCAAAAACGUAUAUGGGCCCUGAUCCUUGAGAAGGUUUGAUUCACGUUCUAUAUACUCUUAUUUGCGUCGCCCAGCGAUUUUGUGACGUCUCUCGAGGGUGAUGGAGCUUUGACGCUUUGAAGCGGUGUGUUUACGCUUUCACCGCUGCCGCGGUCCGAAGCCACCGGGCAAAGCCAUCGGUCAAAGCCACCGGGCUGUGUCGUGCGGGGCGGCGUCCGUGAGCCACCAUGUCGGGCCGUCAGACACUGCAUGAGCGCACCUAUUACUUUGAAGUAAGGGUGAACUGGGACAAACUCAUGCAGAUCGAUCAGCAGAGUGAGACCUUUAAAGCUCAGAUCUUCUUUGAGGCCACCUUGCUGGGCCGCAAGCAUCGACCAAUUUCUUUAGAAGAGCAGAAUGAAAUCGAGAAGAUCUUCAAACGAGCGACCAUCGAGAAUUCCAUGGCGAAGCCUAAGGAGGAUGGAUUUCCGGAGAUGUCCAAGACCAAGGACGCCGAUGGACAGGAAGUGGCCGCGCAACCGUUGAAAUUCACCUGGUUGAUCCACGGAGAGUUCUCGGAAGAGCUGGAGCUCAGGUACUUUCCCUUUGACACCCAAGACCUAAGCCUCACCUUGCGCUUCGGACAGCCUUGUCGAGAAGACAAGGCGCAAGUGCGCUUCAUUAACAGCCCCAGGUCCAAGGUCUUCCUCAACGUCUUCACCUUGAAGAAUGCAUCGACCGAACCACAGGAGAUCCAUGUCGACUUCUGGUUCACUAAGCUGCAAUACCAGGCAGAUGACCAAUUCCCACUGAUUCAGAUUCACUGCAAUGUUGGGCGCAAACCAAGGUAUUACUUAGUGAACGUGGCGUUGCCGGUCUUCUCCAUCGUCAUGGCCAGUGGCUCAUCCAUGACGGUUGAUCCGCGAACCGACAUGAGCGGACGGCUGGGAGCGACCCUAACGUUGGUUCUGACUGCAGUGGCUUACAAGUACCUCGUGGCACAGAUGGUGCCUGCGAUUAGCUACAACACGUUGCUGGAUCACUACGUCCUCUGGUGCUGGCUCUUCUUGCUACUGAUGGUCCUGGAGAAUUGUAUGGGUAUGUUGAAGUGGUGGUACGAUGAUGAGGUUGUGAUCGGAAUCAUGCUGUGUGGGGCCUUCCUACUCUUUAACCUCAUCUUUGGCAUCAUUUCCUAUCGAAUCUGGAAGGAGGAAAGCAGUCGCCUCACCCGCCGCGUGCCCUCCACCGCCUCCGCUUACGAGCGCCUCCCCGAAUCAGAUUCGGAGUUCCCGUGGUGCGGCGUCUGCGAGGAAGAGGAGGCGCACGGCGCUGAGUCGAAGGGGUUGGAGAAGGACGAUCCCCUUCGACUCAGCGGUGUGACGAGAGAAGACCUCGCGAGUCCAAGGGGUGGGGAGGAUCGUGCCCCCACGACGACGGGGGUGGACCUGCAGGGGCUGCAAGGAGUGGGUCGGACCUUCCGUGUAAUGAAACCGUAGCUCUAAAAACCGAGGUGGCUGUCAUAGAUCAUAGGUCAGAUGCUGUGUUUUUCUGGACCAUUGGCCCUAAAUUCUCGGCCGAUGGCGGACAGCGCGUCGUCUUGGGGGUCCCAAAGUGGCGGAUGCCCGACGCCCAGUUUCGGGUGCCAAAGCUGCAUCUUCCCCUCGGGCUGGGAUUCUGACUGGUCUAGCGGCAAGAAGUGUGUGGGGACAGAGGGUCGGAUGCGGGCUUUGGAAGGUUUUGAAAAGCAGGCACAUGGCUGUAAGCAGGCACAUGGCGGUGUUUCUCAAUAGGGAGACAUCCUCGCCCUGGCUGGGUUGACUGGUUUAGUUUCCUGCUUCCAGGUAGUCUGGCUACUUUAAUACACACCCACAUUGUGCCGUUUGUGAUCUUAAAACGAGACUCUGUGGAUCUUAUCACACGGCCGUGCGAGUCGUGGUUGGCUUUGCUCACAGGCAGUUUGGGAUGGUGGUUUGCUGUCCCGCAGCUGUUCUUGAAGGCCAAGACAGGUUGAUGGUCCUCCUAGGUCAACUGCAAAACCACUUGGAACCAGCUUUCCUUAGCCACUAGUCACUAGUUGCCAAGAUCUGGCCGCCAUGACGGUUUCGAUGAUCCAGGGAGGCAGUCGAUGUCGAACCCAAGGCCGUGCAGGUGGUUCGUCAGCUGAAAAACAUGUGGACGGACGGGCCUGAACCGCAUGAAUCCUGAAGUCAAAGAAGGCACCACCUUGCCCGAGAUGCAGAGGUAUGAGCCUCAUAAUUAGUACUCAACUCCUAGAGGGUGGCUGAUCUGCCUGCGUUGAAGGGUAGAAAAACAUGGCAGCAUAUGGCAGCUGUGUUUGUUGUUGCAGAUCUUUGCUGCUCUUCUGUGGACGUUCAUUCAAAUAGCUCAUGGGCCCCAGCGACCAGCUGUUGGUUUCAGGGAAGCCUUCAAAGGCGGCGGGUCGACCGUCGUAUGUUGUCAUCCGCAAGCUUGAUGACUUCUGUGCAAGUGGUGAAGUGAUCCAAAGAGAUCAUCCAGAGUGUACAUCCUUAGAUGCUUGGCCUUCAAGAAUUCCGACGCUAUGUUGGCCUUCAUGGUGCUUUGCUCGGAGAAUUGAUGCAACUUGCCAAAGCGGCAAAGGACAGCUGGCAGUGUGCUGUGCCAGA